GAGUUGUUAAUGCAGUGCCAUAUCUAAAUCACUUAUAUGUGCAGAAAAAUAGAUAAGUUAUUAGACAAUAUUUAAAAAUUAAAAAAUUCGAAAGUUUUACACAAAUAUUAUUAACUUCGUUUUAAUUGAAUAAGCCUCGUUGUAUGACUAUUUUAUGUUUACAUAUACUAAAAGUAGACAAAUGUACACACACAUUCAUAUGUGCAGAUGACGUUUCUAACGCCUAGAGAAAUAAUAACAAAAUCUAUAGGUGUGAAAUGGACUACAGAAAUAAUGAUCCUGGAGCAGUGCAAUAUGGGAAUUUUGUUAACUACUAUAAAUUUAAUAAUGCUGGUCAAAGACUAAAACUUCUGCCACGUGACGUCUGGAAUGACGUUGAAAAUACCCCAUCCACCACUGAACCAUAUUUAGUGCUCGAUGUUGGUUGCAACGCCGGAAACCUCACUCAACUUUUGUAUACAUUUUUAAACGACUGCGUUGGUAUACCAAAUGGCCGGGAUAUACAAAUACUUGGUGUCGACAUCGAUGCGGAAUUGGUGAAACGAGCGAAAGACAGUAAUGAGUUUCCAUCAAAUGUGAGCUAUGAUAAUUUGGAUAUAAUGGACGCCAAUGCCCUAAAUCGCAUUAAAGAAUAUCUAUUUAAGCGGAACCGAAAACGAUUUGAUGUUGUUAGUAGCUUUUCUAUAACUAUGUGGAUACAUUUGAAUCAUGAAGAUGAAGGCCUAAGACAAUUUCUGACGAAAUUAUGUGACUUGGCCAAGUUGCUGGUAAUUGAGCCACAACCUUGGAAAUGUUAUCAAACAGCUGUGAGAAGAAUGAAAAGAGCCGGAGAUGAGUUUCCACUGUUUGUGACGCUUGAAUGGCGGUCAAACGUAGAGGAAUGUAUACAGAAUUUUUUAGAAAUUGAAUUGGUAAGAAAAAAGAUUUUCGAAUGUGCACCAACUCGUUGGCAAAGACGUAUCUGCUUCUACAGGUGAAUAAGAAGACGGAUUUUAUCUACCUUUAAAAGAUUUAAGGUAAAUGCAUUUUUUUCUGCGUAGUAAAAUAAAUAAGAUUUAUAUUGAUAAAAAUAAGAGUAAAAGUAAAGCUUUGAUUAAAUAUAAUACGUGUAU